AUGGGCUGGCACCUGGAAAAAUCCCGGUACCGGCAACACUUCCAUCCAGAAGCUCUCUCUUCACGUCCAAUUGUGGGCCAGAUCCUUAGUGCUGUCGCUGUCAUGAAGACAUUCGACACGUUGCUGUCCCAGAACCAUCACUCCGAUGCCAUCAUCCAUUAUUUGAAGAUAGACAUCGAGGGGCACGAGUGGCAGGUGCUGGAACACAUGAUUGCCAACGACCUGCUGAGGAACGUAGUGCAGCUCUCAAUCGAGCUCCAUUCCCUGGACCUGAAGGUCUUGCCCAGCCACCUCUGGAUGCCAACUCUUCAGGAGCGUUUCCGAAUCCUUCAGUCCCUUGAGGAUGUCGGCUUCCGGAGGGUGAGUGUCAAGGACAACGAGCACUACCUUUGCCGCGUCGACUUCAGCAACCUAACCUCCAAAGCAAACUCUGUCACGCAGCGGACCGACCAAGAGGUCUCGAUUCCUGGAGAAAAGACCUACGCCAACGCCCAUCUCUAUGCCAAAGCUGAUAGUUUUAACAGUGACUAUGAAUCUGAAGUCGGCUCGUCCAGUGCCAACAAGGCUAACGUCAAUUCAGCCCUCGACGAUAUUUUUAAAACAUUACUGCGUGAUGGAAGUUCAAGAAAAGAAAGAAAGUUUCAUGGAGAGAUCUUGAAGAAUGUUAAGCCCAAAGCAGGCACCAAUACCGUCGGAAUGUUUCCUACAACUUCCAGUCUUUUAUACCAACGUAAAUGGGAUCAAGUGCAGGACAAAAAACACUUAGACGAAAUCGAUGAUUCGGCAUCCAUCAAACCAUCCGCAGUCAACAAUGUGACUCCAUCCCAGAUAGAAACUUAUCUGAGGUCUCGAGGCAUGAAUACUGAUGAAAUUCCUUACGCAAUGGUGUUGGAUGAUGAGGAAAAUGAAAACAUUUUGCAGGUUUGUCAUGAAGUUCUCUAUGUUAGAGUACGCAAAUAAAUUCAA